GCCACGGGUCCGUGCCCCCUGGGAGAUGGACGGAUUGCAACGGGGAAAGAGUGAUUCCCAACGAAAAGGGAAUGGCUGUGAGUACGGAACCGGGGGCGCCAACCCGGCCCCGUUGCUGGACGGUGUCAUUUGGUUGCCCCAAAGGGAAGGGGAACACCCCCGCGCCGCGCCGCGGAAGGAUGAGUCGUCAGGCCUGGCCUAGCCUGCCCCCUAGAGAUGGAUUUUGGUCUUCCCAAGAGAAGUCGAGCCUCACCUCACCGUAAUCAUGCGUGCCGGAGGAGGGGGCGGGUUUCUGGCGUGCAGCUCUGCAGAAGAUCCCUGCAUGGACGCAUUGAGGAAUAGCAAGUUGGGGGAGAGAAGUAAGCAUUCCCUGCUGGUGGGAGGAAGCACGAAGUCCGGGCGCAGAAUGGGCACCAAGCCACGAUCACCCCGGGAUCCAGUCGGCAUCUUGCGCUACUUCUCCCCCAUCCCGCUCUGGGAUUUGAACUCCUGCCUCCUCUGGCCGUCCACCGAGGUGGGCCGGUCGACGUCUGGCAGACUUGCAAAGCCGGGGACAAGCGGACAAGCAACCUUCAUCUUAGCGGGGCCAGUUGGCGGUCCCCAUCCGGCCGGGCUGGAACUAUACAGAGCGAGGGUGAGGAACGGGGGAGGAUCGAACAAACUGCAACCAUCUGUUUGAAGGUCUCUCGCCACCCGGGGACCACCGGGAGACUUACGAGCCUCUGGUUUGCGAAAACCAGUUAGUGGUACUUCGAGUUCGGAGCGCGUAGGCAUGUUCGGCCUCCCCACUUUGAGCCUGCGUUGCCUGGGCUGUUGCCAAGUAGGGGUAGGCUUCACCGGUGGGCUUAGUGUGGGGGGCGGAAAGAGCGUCAGACAGAGUAACACCUGUCCCCGCGUUCUACCCAGGUGCAGGGAGUUGUCCAGGUACCCUCAGUGUUUGAAGAUGACGCUACUGUCGGUGAAACGUAUCUGUCAACUAAUGAGAGAAUCCUGUCAUCACGAGAACGAUGGCUUGAAUUUUCCAGAAGAAGCGAGGGAUCGUGCAGAGCCAGUCCUAAACCACCCCCAAGCCGGUCUCCCUCUGAAAGGUGGGAGGAGCCUCGGGGCCUACCGGAAGAUCCUGAUGAAGACGGGGCUGGUGCUCAUCGUCCUCGGCCACAUCAGCUUCAUCGCGGGGGCCCUGGUCCACGGCAUGGUGCUGCGCUACAUGAUGGACACGCAUGACGCCGUCACGCUGCAGUACUCCAUCUCCAAUAUCCUCGCCGUGACCUCUGCCCUCUUGAUCAUCUCCUGUGGCAUCACAGCCAUCGUCCUGUCCCGCUACCUCUCCCGCACCCCCCUGCGGUGGGCGGUGUUCAUCAUGAGCCUCACCAGUGCCCUCUUCUCGGUGACCUGUGCCCUAGGGCUCCUGGCUUCCAUCGCCAUCACCUUCGCCAACCAGGGUCAAUCCCUGCUGGCCACCUGCUCCUUCAGCAGCCCAGAGCUGGCACAGUUCUCGCCCGACUGCCCCUUCGACCCCACGCGCAUCUAUAGCUCCACGCUGUGCCUGUGGGGCAUCUCCUUGGUCCUCGAGGUGGCAGAGAGCAUCUUCAGCGUCCGCUGUGCCCAGCUCAUCCACCAGCUGCUGGAGCUGAAGCCCUGGUGGGGCAAAAGCAGCACCAGGAUGCACCCAGACUCCUCAGGGGAAACUGAGGCUCAGAGAGGUUAAGCCGCUUCCCCGAGGCAAUGGCGGUGAUGGAUCCCCCCGGGACUUGAGCCCAGAUCCCCCGACUCUCGGGCCUCACCCCUGGACGGUACCAAAUGGAGAGAGGCAGCCCCGGCCCCUCGAAGGAAAGAGGAGAGACAGGGUGGGUGCAUUCAGUGUUCUGAGUUCCACGGAGCUGGCACCGGGACCGAUGGGCGAGGCCGAGACCGGAGACAUGCUGGCUGUGAGGUCGUAGGCCUCUCCCUGGGGUCUGACCCCAGGGGACCCCUUAGGGGUGACGGAGGCCCCGAGGGCAGCCCCCUCCCUCCCUCAUCUCUUGCUGUUCUCGGGUCUCGUUCCCUGGAGGGUCUUGGGGGGGUGGGGGGUGGCAAGGGGGGGAAGGCGUGGGAAAAGGAGAAGCGACGGGGCUGGGCCGGGGUCCAGGCGGCCGGGGGGACGCCGGACGCUUAUGGCCUGCAGGUGGGGGAUAGUCCCCUGCUCAGAUCCAGGCGGCCGGGGGUGGGGGGCUGGACUCUUAUC